UUAAAAGUUUUAUACAAGAAAAAACAAUGUCUACUUUCUCUUGUGUGUUGCGCAUGCGCCCAGUUUGUUGUCAGUUGGAGGCAACGACACUCCGUACUGAAUGAAUGAGAGGAGAAAUAGCUCAGACUAUCAUGCAUUUGCAACGAACAUCAUUAUGCUGAUGUCAUUAUCUAACAUUUUACAAUUCGAGCUAGCUCUAUAGCUUGCAGCAUCAACGGGACUGACAGACAGCUAAAUCUACUACAUCUACAUGCUAACUUGAAGCUAACUGCUGUCAACAACAUGGCGCACUGGACCACCUUCGAGAAAGAGACAGAGAGGGAAACUAAGAGGCUGGUAGCAUGUAUCUCCGGGGUGGAGGACGAGGAGGACCAGAACUUUCAGCUGGCCCUCAAAUUUGCCUGGUCCAACUUCAGGUUCCAUCGUUUCCUGGACGUGGACAGCCACAAGGUCCAGCGCAGUAUAAGUGGAAUCUAUGAGAAGCUGAUGGUGCACUCAGACGUGGUUAAAGCAGAGAGCUGGACGAAGCUGACUGAAGAGUUCCUGAACUCACCGUUACCUAACACAGAUGGAGUAAAGAGUGAUGCACACUACAGUCUCGUGUCCCUGCUGCUCUUCCUGUCAGAGUCCCCCUUGCACACAAACUUUACUGAGAGACCCAGGAUAAAGGAGGCCGAAGCAAAAGAUGACUUUGACUGGGCUAAAUAUCUGAGGGAGGAUGAGGACAUAGACGAUGGGCCAUACCCAGACACCCCUGAGUGGUCUGAGGAGGAGAGCGAGGACGAGGACAGCCAGCAGCCAAUUAGCAGAGAGGAUUCUGGGAUCCAACUGGACCGGACACCGCAGGAGGAUCAGGACAACAACAACAAGACGGUUCCUGUCACAUGGACAGUUUCAGUGGUAGUGGUUGCCGAAUCGCCGGACGUUGCUUACCAGACUGGCUGCGUUCUGAUCGGUGAUCAUGCUGGAAUAUCGGAGAGAAACCGUCCAAGUUUGGCAUCAAGGUGCAACUACCGUUCAUAUGCCCUCGUCGAAAAUGUGUCCACGGCGUGCUAUAAGAUCCAGUAUGACACCGUAGUGUCUCGUACCUCUUAA